AUUAAUAUGAUUAUAGAAUCAAAUGUACCCUAAAAGAUCAUAGAUUUAUAUAAACCUUACAAAAAAUAGUUCGAAAGUGCUAAACAUGUUCUAUAAGGGCAUACAUUUUAUUUAGAUUAAAGAUAUAUGCCGAUUGAUAUAAGUGAAAAAUUAUUUUAUAAAAUUAGUUGGUCAAGGAGCAUAUGGUUGUGUAAUACAAGCAAUUGACAAAUUAACAAAUAAGCCUGUUGCUAUAAAAAAAAUAGAAAGAACAUUCAAUCAUCGACUAUUUGCAAAAAGAACCUUAAGGGAAUUGAAAAUACUAAGAUUAAUAAGACAUGAUAAUGUAUGAUAGAUAUUCCUAUAGAAACUUUAGGUAGUAGAUUUAAAAUAAGUUUUAUUGCCUCCUAGUAGAGAAGAAUUUGAAGAUGUUUAUAUGGUGAUGGAUUUAUUGGAAGCAGAUUUAUCAUAGGUUAUAAAAAGUGAUUCAAUUUUAAAUGAUGAUCAUAUGCGACUGUUUAUUUAUUAAGUAUUAAGAGGUCUAAAGUACUUACAUUCAGCUGGUAUAUUGCAUAGAGAUUUAGUAAUAAUCAUAUUUAAUUUAGAAACCAAGAAAUUUAUUAUUAAAUAGAAGUUGUGAUGUGAAGAUAUGUGAUUUCGGUUUAGGUAGAGCAAUAGCAGAAAAUAUUUAAAAUAAUAUUAUGAUGACUUAUUAUGUUGAAACUAGAUGGUAUAGAGCUCCUGAAUUACUAAUUGGAUAUUAAAAUUAUAAUUCAGCUGGUAAUUAUUAAAGUAUAUAAUUUUAAGUUGAUAUUUGGUCAGUUGGAUGUAUUUUAGCUGAAAUGAUUCUUAGAAGACCUUUUUUAAGAGGAGAUUCUACUAAACAUUAAAUCAAAGUGAUUUUUGAAUUAUUAGGAACUCCAAAUGAAUAAUAUAUUUAAUCAUUUCCAGAUUUAAAAGUACAAUAAAAUCUAAGAAAAAUAAUUCAAGAGUAUGGUCAUUAAAAUGGUAUUGGAUUAAAUUAAAUAUUUGGACAUAUUAAUUAAGAUCGUAUAUAUAUAUAAAAUAAUAAUUAAUAGUUCUAGAUUUAUUGAAAGGACUAUUGAAAUUUGAUCAUAGAGAUCGUUUAACUGCUGUAUAAGCAUUAAAACAUUCAUUUUUAUAAAUUUUACAUAGUGAAGAAGAUGAAGUAAAUGCAUUUUUCUUAUUUAAUAUUUUAGCCAAUAUCAUUACCUGUAAAUCCUUUGGAAUUUGAGUUUGAAAAAUAUGAAUUGACUAAAGAACAAUUGAAAGGUAUAUUAAUUUAAGAUAUAUAUUGUUAGAUAUGCUUUAUGAAGAGAUCUUACUUUAUCAUUUUUCAGAAUUUAGAAAUUAAUACUUCUAAAAGCUUUAAUCUGGUUAAUCAUUAAUUAGUCAUAUUGUAAACAAUGAAAAUGCUCGAAUAAUUGAUCCAAAUGCUGAUGAUGAUUUUGAAUAAUGA